AUGUCAGAAGAUACAGAGGUGACACCAGCGCAGACGCCUACCCCGCCAGACGGCCAGUCCAGCAGUCCUCGUCAACAACCACAUCAGCACCCACGCUCCCAACAUAGCACCCCUCCUUCAUCUCACUCCAGUCACGAUGCCCAAACCACAUUCGUGCGUCCCGCAGAUCUCCUCCGACCGAAGCCAGUGCCGCAACCUUUGGCACCUCCUUCGCGGCCGCAGCCCGAACGUCAGAUCGACCGCGAUGAAAGAGCCGGGCUACAAGCGUGUCGCGACUUCCUCCGUGCGCGCAAGUGCUAUGACGUGCUGCCACUGAGUUUCCGACUGAUAGAGCUGGACGUCGGGCUUACGGUCAAGGAGAGUCUGCAGAUUAUGGUACAAUGUGGCAUCGUCUCUGCGCCGCUAUGGGACUCGAAUACCUCCACAUAUGCCGGUCUCUUGACGGUGAAUGACUACCUCAACGUCGUGAGAUACUACAAUCUCCACGCCGACAAGCUAAAGGACGUCGAUAAACUCCUUCUUAGCGACUUGAAGGAUGUCGAGAAAGUUCUGAAUGUCAGAGCGCCCGAAACUGUCAGCGCCUCUCCCGAAGCGAUCCUCUACGACGCGUUGCGCAAGCAGCUAGUCUCCCGGGCUCGUCGCAUACCCCUCGUGUCCUACGACUCCGAUACACAGCGCACCAUGGUCACGUCGGUAAUAACCCAAUACCGGAUCCUCAAGUUUAUCGCCAUGAACGUGAAAGAAACCGACAUGCUGAAGAAACCUCUUGCAGUGAUCAAGUUGGGCACGUACACGGAGAUUGUGAGGUGUAGUAUGGAUAGCAGUGUGUUGGACGUGGUCGACAUCAUGGUCACCAAGAAUAUCAGUUCUGUGCCUGUAGUGACGACGGAGGGUGUUCUCCUCAAUGUUUUUGAAGCCGUCGACGUGAUCGAAAUCCUCAAGUCCGGCGACUAUGGCAAUCUGACCUGGACUGUUGGCCGUGCGCUCAGCGCUCGCUCCGCCACACAUCCAGGCAUAUACUGCUGCAGCAUCGAUGACGGCCUAGACACCAUCUUUGAAACGAUCAAGAAGAGCCGUGUGCAUCGCAUGAUGGUCGUGGAUGACAGCAACGUCCUCAAGGGUGUCUUGAGCUUAAGCGACAUCUUGCACUAUCUGCUCGUGGACGGAGAGGAGCACGGCCAUGUCGAAGGCAAAAUGACUCUUGGCGCGUGA